AUGAAGGUUCUACUCGGCCUUUUAAUCCUCGUCGGGCUGACUUCGGCCGGUCCAAUCACCACGACUUCAACUGCGGCUCCACAACUUCAUGAUGGAGGUCUGGCCGUUGGUCCGAUCGGCGGUGAUAUGAAGUCGUCGUCAGCUAGUCCAGCUCCUUCCGGACCUCCUCUUCCCCAUCCUCCGGCUGGAGUUCUCUCGGCCGGACCACCUGUAGCUCCUGUGGCUUCCGGUCCAGCUCCUUCUGGACCUCCGCCUCCUCCCCCUGGCCCUGCUGGAGUCGCUCCAUCUGGACCUCCUCCAGCUCCUGUAGCUGGUCCAGCUUCUCCAGGAUCUCCACCGCCGUUCGUCGGCCACGGCACAACUUCUACCGCCUUGCCCACCCCGGGAAUCUAA